GCUGAGGGAGGCAGGCAGGGAGGGAGAGGCCAGACUAGACCAGCCAGAGGAGAAAGGGAGCGGUGGAUUUUUUUUUUUAUUAUAUAUAUAUUUUUUAAUGUAAAUUACAAAUAACUGUGUUUAGCACAAAUCCCCACCUGUUGUUUUGAGAGAGAUGCUGCACGGGAAUCACAGGGGAAGAUCCGCUAUCCAGUAAAUGUGCAGCGACCGAUACAUUUUUUUUUUUUUUUUUUUUUUUUUUUUUGCUAGCCUCCUAGCUAGGAAUGAGUGUAGGACGCUAGCUGGCUUCUUAGCUAGUGCAUUCACAUGGACGCCAAAAUGGAAGGAACUAUGAACGCGCUUUAUAUCUCACUUUAGCUAACAAGCCUUUAACGAGGUGUUGGCGAACAAUUUUUUUUAUUCGUCUGUAGCCUUUAUUUUUGUUGUUUUACACUAUGUGUACUUAAGCGGCGGCACUGCGCAAACUCUAAAUCCAACUCGAACCUAGAUGGAGCAGGGGCGUUUUGGUUUUAGCUAGCUAGCUAGCGUAGCAUAGCAUUGCUAGCUGGCCUGGCAAGAUACAUUCAGAGCACAAAGAGCAAAAAAAAAAAAAGUAGUCGCACUACUUUUUAAACCGGUUUCACAGUAUUUAAGGUGCUUAUUGGGUGGAAAUUUAGAGCGGGUUUGUUUAACAGCCAGCUGUUUGCUUGCUUUAUGUUGGGAAGCAGAUAAAGCUAGCUAGAUAGCUAGCCGAGGUUGGCUCAGUGUUUUUAGCGCCCAGUCCCCAAUGAAGGAGUACAAAGUGGUGGUGUUGGGCAGCGGCGGCGUGGGCAAGUCCGCCCUGACCGUGCAGUUUGUCACCGGCACUUUCAUAGAGAAAUACGACCCGACCAUUGAGGAUUUCUAUCGGAAAGAGAUCGAGGUAGACUCGUCCCCUUCGGUUCUGGAGAUUCUGGACACCGCCGGAACCGAGCAGUUCGCGUCCAUGAGAGAUCUUUAUAUAAAGAACGGCCAAGGUUUCAUCUUAGUCUACAGUCUUGUAAAUCAGCAGUCAUUUCAGGACAUCAGACCGAUGCGUGACCAGAUAGUCCGAGUGAAGCGCUUUGAGAAGGUUCCCCUCAUCCUGGUGGGCAAUAAGGUGGACCUGGAAUCCGAGCGGGAAGUCGCCGGGUCCGACGGCCGAGCCCUGGCGCAAGAGUGGGGCUGCCCUUUCAUCGAGACCUCGGCUAAGAGCAAGACCAUGGUGGACGAGCUCUUUGCUGAGAUCGUGAGGCAGAUGAACUAUGCCACUUUGCCUGAGAAACAGGAGCAGUGCUGCACGGCGUGUGUGAUGCAGUGAGGUCCCUGGCCUUACCGCACACUCCACAGCCACAGCACCUGUUAGGAGGCCCUUUUGAACCAGUGUCUGCUUCAGUGAUGUUUUGACCCCAUGAGCCACACCAGUGUCACUGAGCCGUCUGAACUCUGACUGAUGAGGUCACCUGACAAGCCUGGGUUUUGCUGCAGCGUAAAGCAGGGACUUUGAAAUCUCUGACUUUCAUCUGUGUCUGUAUUGUAGAGCACAUAUAUAAUACAGUAUAUAUACAGUAUACUGGGUGUUUUUUGGGAACUGCAUGAUAAGCAUCAGUGGGAGGGCAGAGGACUUUGGAAACAGGGCCAAAUGUGACAGGGCUAUUAAUAUCUAUUUUCUUAGAGGGGGAACUACAUCAUGUAUGAGCAGGAUUUCUGCGAACUGUAAAAUGCUGACGGUGCUCAGUUGUACAUCCCCAGGAUUUCUUUUUAACAUUUUAUGUUUGAUAUCUACUUUUAAAGUGAUAAUAGCCAUUACGGAGGUUGGAAGCCUGGACCAUCUAACUUUUUGCUUUUCUUCUGUUUUUUUUAAGACUACAGUAUGUAUUGCGCCCCCCCCCCCCCCCCCCCCCCUUACUCAUAAUAGUAUAUUUAUUAAAAUGUUUAAUUACAAAGAUGGAUGCAUAUUGAAUUUUUAUGUUCCAUUGGCCUUUUUGCUUUUUGUGACAGUAUGCAUUGUUUCUGAAAUGGAGCAUUAAUGACGCCUUAAAUGAUUACAGUUUCAAACUUGUGUGUGGA